UACAACUGAGCCCUACAUGAGCUUUACCGUUCACUUUCUUACUCAAGACUUUGAAUUAAAAGCACGCUGUCUGGGCGUUAUAUAUUUCUCCGAAUCCCACACUGGUGAAAACAUAGCCCAUGGACUGUGGGAAGUUUUAGCCAGCUGGAACUUAAAAGAGGAAAAUCAAGUGUCCAUUAUAACAGACAACAGCGCUAAUGUGGUGAAGGCUACCAAACUUAAUAAUUGGGUCAGACUACAAUGCUUUGGUCACCGCUUGCAUCUGGCCAUUGAAAAUGCUGUUAAAGGUGAUGAGCGCAUUACUCGAGCUGUUGGUCUUUGCAAAAAAGUUAGUGGGAGAUUUCUCCCACACCUGGAAGGGGAAGAUGGCCCUGAAAAAAGCACAAAAGAGCACUCCCUCAUCACAGAAUGCCCUACAAGGUGGGGUUCGAGGCAGAAAAUGAUUCAGAGAGUUCUGGAGCAGCAGAGGGCCAUAAACCCUGUCAGCAGACAGAAAGUCAAGACAUUUGGUUCUUUCUUGGCAGGACCUAGAUGUACUUGAGUCUAUAAACCAGGCAUUGCAGCCUCUGCAAGAAUUUACAGAUGCUCUGUCAGGUAAAAGUUAUGUAAGUGUUUCCUAUGUGAAACCUGUACUUCACUUGAUGAACACCUCAAUUCUUGCUGCAAAGAUUUAACAAAUAAAGAUGAAGAUUCUAGACUACAUGAACACAAAGUAUGACAACCCAGCAACUCAAGAACUUUUGGACAUGACCUGGUUAAUGGACCCCAGAUUCAAAGCUGACUACAUCAGCUCUGACAAGGUGUCAGACAUCAGAGCCAGGGUGAUGUCUGAAAUUGAAGCAACUGUGCCAAAGGAGCGAAGCCUAAGUAAUCAAGAUCACCAAGGCGUGGGUCCAUCUGAUGCCACCCUAAAGAAGGCCAAAAAAUCCCUGGGCAGUUUCUUCGAGACAUCCCCAGCUCCAUCAUCUAUGGAACCCUCACACACUGAGGCUGAACUGAACAGCUACAUGAUGUCUCCCACAAUAGACAGUGAGAUGGACCCUCUCACUUGGUGGCAACUCCAUCAGGUUGACUUCCCACACCUGAGUAUACUAGCCAGGAAGUAUCUCUGUAUACCUGCAAGUAGUUCACCUUCAGAGAGACUUUUUAGUACAUCAGGAAAUGUUGUGACAUGCCAACGCACAUGUUUAAAACCUACCCAAGUCAAUAUGCUAGUUUUCCUGGCAAAAAACCUGGAAUAAAAUUGCUUUCACAGUUAAGCACAUAUAGCAUUGCAUUGUGCUAAAACAUAGGUUUACAUGUUAUUACUUAAUAACAUGUUAAUACUUAAUUAUUUUAUUCUUGUGAAUGUUGACAAGAUGUUAAUAUUUACACUACAUACUAUUUUAUUUAAGGCCUGUACACUUUGUUUAAUAGUAUUCUUUAUUUAAUUUUUGUGUAAUAAUUUUUAUUUAAAAAACAGGCAAGGCAAGGGAAUAUUUUGUUUAAAGGAUGCUCUUGUUUUAAGAUGCUCUUGAUGAUUGCAUGGUUACAUGUGAAUAAAAAAGUAAUGUUUGAGAGUAAUGCAUUUUUUUGUGUUUGCAGGUCUAUGGUAACAGCAAACCAGAAAUCAGAACAUCUGCCGAGGUUUUCAGUCAUUCAUAGUGUUUUAAAGUCUAAAUGUUUGCACAUUCCCUGACAUAGUUUUUUUUUUUUUUAGCCUGAAUUAGAUUUAAUUAGAUCAGAAGAAUAUCUAUUACCUGUUUAUUUUAGUAUGAUCAUUACAUAUAUAAUUUUUUUUUUAAAAUAGCUAAUAAAAAUAGCAUUUCUCUAGGGAAAUGUUAUAAUCGCAAGAAAUAUUAUCACAAUACUCAACAACAAUAUUGCAUAUUUUCCCAGUAUCGUGCAGCCCUAGCAUCUUUCCUCUACAGCAUU